AUAAUACCUCUGUCGGCGACAGCAGCAGUUAUUAUAGUAGUAGAAUUCGGAUCGUCAUUGCUACCGGAUACACAAUCGGCACCACGCGCGAACGUCGAUUGCAGCGCUUGGUGCGAAACAAGUGGCAGUACGGUACCAUCGUCACUGUUCGUCACCGAUCGUCACUACUCGUCACGGUGCAUUAUUCGUCGCGGUAGCCACGGCAAGAUGUGGCGCUACAUCAUGGUGCACAACGUCUUGUCUUCUGGAACAAAAGGUGUCCGUGCUUAAAGCAGAGAUUAUGGCGCGGUUCAACCGGGCCAAUGCAAAAGGACAGACGUAGGUACGGAUGAAGCGCAAGAAGGGUAACGAGGACGAGGAGGAGGCGGAAGACGAAGAGGAAGAAGAAGAAGGGCACGAAACAGAAUACGUAAACUAUCGUGGAAACGGCGUAGAGGUGGACAGACUCGUGGCGCGGUCGUCGCGGACGGUUGAUACCUUUGAUGCUGAACAAAAAGAGGUUCGAGGACGUGUCAACACUGGCGGACGGGGAACGUAAUGGGAGCGCCGUGGUCGCGGGCCCGGUGCUAUCGUCGUCGUCGUCGUGCACGGUGCCCUACAUCGGCACCGACCAUGGCUUCGUGUUCGAGGGUGGCGGCACGACGACGUUGCAGCGGGCCGGUGCAGCCGGUACAUCGGUUGCUACUAGCUGCACCGGUAGCGGAGGAGGAGGAGGAGGAUCCCUUGGUGUCCUUAUGGGGUCAGGAAGCGGAGGAGGCAUAGUAGGGUCGGGGAUUAUUAUGGGCGGUGGACUGACGGGAGCAGGGAUCGCCGUUGUCGGCGGAGGAAGAAGUGGCGGAGGCGGCGGCGGCGGUAUGAACAAGGAAGUUCGGUACGCUCCGUUCUCGUCGUCCGUGGGACCUGCCGGUUCCGUGGCGCCGGUGAACCUGAUGCCGCCGCCUUUGCCGCCGCCUUUGCCACCGCCGCCGCCAUUGCCGCCGCCGCCGCCUCUGCCGCUGCAGAUGCAGCAGCAGCGCGCCUUCUCGAGGUCGAUGACAUCCUUACCGCCGGAACCGUUCAUGAUCAUGAGGUCGAAGGCCCUGAACCGUCGGGUCUCGAUCAACGUCGGCGGCGUCAAGCACGAGGUGCUCUGGCGCACCCUCGAGAGGCUGCCCCACACGCGUCUAGGCCGUCUGAAGGACUGCAACACCCACGAGGCGAUCACCGAGCUAUGCGACGACUACUCCUUAAUAGACAACGAGUACUUCUUCGAUCGUCACCCGAAAUCCUUCAGCUCCAUAUUGAAUUUCUAUCGUACCGGGAAGCUGCAUCUCGUUGACGAGAUGUGCGUGCUGGCGUUCAGCGACGACCUCGAGUAUUGGGGCGUCGACGAGCUCUAUCUGGAGAGCUGUUGCCAGCACAAGUACCAUCAGAGAAAGGAGCACGUGCACGAGGAGAUGCGCAAGGAGGCGGAGUCGCUCAGGCAAAGGGAGGAGGAGGAGUUCGGCGAGGGACAGUGCGCGCAAUAUCAGAAGUGGCUAUGGGACCUCCUGGAGAAGCCGACCACCUCCAUCGCCGCAAGGGUGAUAGCUGUGAUAUCAAUACUCUUUAUUGUGCUUUCGACGAUCGCACUAACUCUCAACACCAUUCCUAGUAUGCAAGUGAAUGAUGAGAAGGGGAACUUUCAAGACAAUCCGCAGCUCGCGAUGGUGGAGGCCGUGUGCAUCACAUGGUUCACCCUCGAGUACGUCCUUAGGUUCAGUGCCUCGCCGGACAAGUGGAAGUUCUUCAAAGGCGGUCUAAACGUGAUCGACCUGCUGGCGAUACUCCCUUACUAUGUAUCCCUGUUCCUGGUCGAGACGAACAAGAACGCGACCGACCAGUUCCAGGACGUGCGCAGGGUAGUGCAGAUCUUUCGUAUAAUGCGGAUCCUGAGGAUCCUGAAGCUGGCCCGCCACUCGACCGGGCUGCAGAGCCUCGGCUUUACGCUACGUAAUUCGUACAAGGAGCUGGGCCUGCUGAUGCUCUUCCUGGCGAUGGGCGUCCUCAUAUUCUCGAGUCUCGCCUACUUCGCCGAGAAGGAGGAGCCCGGGACCAAAUUCAUAAGCAUUCCAGAGACCUUCUGGUGGGCGGGCAUCACGAUGACCACCGUCGGAUACGGCGACAUCUACCCCACGACCCCGCUCGGCAAGGUGAUCGGCAGUGUGUGUUGUAUAUGUGGUGUCCUGGUAAUCGCGUUGCCCAUUCCCAUUAUCGUUAACAACUUCGCCGAGUUCUACAAAAACCAGAUGAGACGCGAGAAGGCCCUCAAGAGGCGGGAGGCCCUCGAGAGGGCCAAAAGGGAGGGCAGCAUCGUAUCGUUUCAUCACAUCAAUCUGAGGGACGCCUUCGCGAAGAGCAUGGACCUCAUCGAUGUCAUCGUCGACACCGGUCACAAUAUGUCCGGCGUGGAUGGUAACAGCACCGAGGGAGAGUCCGCGUGCGGACGUGGUCCCGCCCAGACCGGGCCAGGCUGUUAUCGUAACUAUGAGCAUUACAGUCUCUCACGACAUCGUCGAAGCGCCUCGUCCUGCUUCCCAAAUUUGCCUAACGACCUACCGAACACCCCGGAUAGUCCGAACCGCCGUCUGUUGGACUUCGCGCAGAGCGUACCUGGAACGCAAAACGACGAUUACUUUCACGAUGACGUACCGGCCCAGCACGUGAACCAAGGCAAUACCACACCUAGCGAUGAAGAGAAAAAAGACAGCAGAAAAUUCGAGAAAAAUGAUGAAAUACCUAGCGAAUUCGAGUGUUGCUUUUGUACUACGAAGGAAUACAAAGACUUCAGAGACGCGGAAAAUAUAAUGCCGUUGGCGACCAGCGACUUUCGUAACCCCAUCUGCCAGGAAAUGAGAUCGAUGCGAUCGGGGAUGUCGAUAGAGCAGCCGGUGCAGUCGAUCUUCACCGAGGCGAAGACGUCCCCGGGCCAGGCCCUAGAGAUCUUGAGCUACGGGAGACCGUACAACGAGCAGGGCAGCGUGGAUAGCUCCGACACCUAUGCCAGUUGUCAAACGCAUCCAUCUCAAUCGCAGGUUUCUUCUGCUGGCCAUACGGCGGAUAACAAUAAGGGCGAUCUCACCGAAGAGACGGACACUAAUAAUCUCUACGUGAACCCCCUGGAAGCUGCGGAGAAGUGCGGAAAUAGGGUAAAGAAAUCCGUUUCCGGCGAGGUGAACCGUGGAGGUGCGUCGCCGAGCGUCGAGUCGCUGAAGGACGUACGACCGUUCGACGAGGGUAGUAAAGUUAUCCUAAACGACGCGGUGCCCAAGCAUAGGAAAAUUCGUAUCCAGCAGAGCGUGAGACUGCGCACGCAAUUUAUCAGCGACCAGGAAAGCAUAGGGGGUCGUAAUCUCACGAAAGAGGACAUCGCGGAGAACAACAAUUAUUACGGAGGGCUCCGCGGGGGCAGACCGUUCGCAACGACCAACAGCAGCUUGGCUUCAGCCACCAGAAUCCUAAAUCAUCAUCUGUUUGGGUCCGGCUGCGGGCCUAGGCACUACACAGUACUCCGAAGCACUGUAUAUGCAGGUCAUCGAAGGCAAAUUUCAGGAACGAGCACCGAGAGCAAGCUAUCCCUGUCUGCCGAUUCCAUAGACAGCGAGGGUGUGCCUUUCAUAGACAGACACCGGGUCUCGAAGUCGAUACUGAAGAAGUCCGAGAGCAGCAAUAAUUACUACAGCAACGCCGGUGAUUCGGACACGGAGAAGCUGAUCACCGACAACGCAUCCACGAUAAGCAUGUGCGACAACGAGACGAGCACGUGCAGCAUAUUCACGAACGUGGACGGUACGAGGGCGAAACAGCAACCUGUUUCGCCGUUGCUCUCCAGACAGGUCCUCGAGUCGAUUUUCCGUACGAACAAUAACGUCGAGAGAGAGGACGAAACUGAUCAGACCGAUGAAAAGAACAGCAGGUCGAUAUUCGACGACGUCCUUGAAGAAGAGAGCCACGCGCAAGAGGAGACAACGACGGAGAACAAGAACAAGGAAGAACGGAAGAGAUUGAAGUCGAGGAUAGAAGGGUCCUCGAAGGACGGCCAAACGAUGCUCAUAUGCUCGUUACGUCCGUACAAAGUGAAAAAAUCGGGCACCGAGGAGAAACGAAAGGCAAAAACGAACAGUCACGGUUACAAAGGCACCGACACCAAUUGUCUUCCUCAGGAACAUCAUUUCUCGUCGUAGCGUAACCCUUUCUCUGUGUAGCGUCCACUUUCUAUGCCGCAUAUGUAGAUAAAAAAAAAAAAAAAAUCCACUUCGUGAUCACCGUAUCGAUGUUUCUCGUUUCGAAACACCGUUUCAGCCUCUGUACGUCUUCGCAGGGCCGUGCAUCUCCAUUCGAAUGGAACAAUGACGCUAGGCAAAACGUUAUCGGUUCAGCCUGUAAAUACAAGAGAACGACGAAAACGUUUAUAAUUUUAAGAGAGUGACGUAUGUUCGAUUAUUAAAAUAAAUAGAAAUUAAUCCGAGUAAUAUAUAAUGCGAAGAAAUACAUAUUUUCGAGAAGAGCCCGUAAAUUCCGAAGCGUGUACACAAAUUUAGAAGAUAUUAUUACGGUUAAAAAACUAGCGUUGAAGAGGAACAAAUCGAACUAGAUGAUACGGGGGGUUAAAGACGUCGGUACGCGAGAGUAACGAAGGAAUAAAAACCGAGGAAACGGAUCUUGACGGACAUGCUCGAAAAUACCGUGAUCAACAGACAAGAAACACGAGAACAAUACAAAACGAUAAUGAUAAGGAUAACAAUAACGAUAAGAGCAAAUAAAUCUUUAGGCAAUAUGCUUUUUUUCCUCGUUCGUUGAGAAAAAAAGCAUUUCGUAUAACUAAAUUGUAACUCUAGUCACACACGGCCCUGUUAACUUCCUCCCCCUCGCCUGAUCUUGUUUAACUAGAAUAGCUUUGCGUGUCGCGAAACGCGUGUGCAUUAAAUCGCAUAGCAAAUACAAUCACGCGAACGGUUUAUAAAUAAUCGAGGGAUCGUCAUCGUUUCGUAAGAAGCCCGCCCGCUUUCAAAUUCGACAUCGCAAUGUCCCUCGAAACGACACCGAGUGUUCGUUCAUCUGCUGAGUGUCUUAGUACAAUUAGAUAAUAUCGUUGUAAUAGGAGGCAUUAGAUAGACGAGGCCCGGACUGUCUCCUCGAAAUCAAAACGGAAGUGGCUCGGGGAAACGUGAACGAAUACGCUGGAAGGCUGAAAAGAAUACCCGUGAAUAGAAUUCAGAAUUUUUAUAAAAGAUUAUUUACUAUUCUAACGAUUUCGUAUCUCGUUAACUAAUGACUAGUAAUAAUAUUAAUAUAUAUGGACGAAAAUACAGAGUCCUCUUGCAUCGUGCACAUCUUUCAAGGGCAUUCUUCGUAGCUACUUGGUAGUAGCUUCUUUCCGCGACGCGAUAACUGCCCUUUACGGAGUUUCGAUCUUAAAUUUUCUUCGGAAUUGUAUGGUGUUGGGUCUGGAAUAUCAUUGUUCAAGUUGUAAUCCCUUAAGGAUUGAGCUACCAGGAUGACAAGCCAAAAAAAUAAGAUAACUUUGGAAAAUUUUGUUUAAAAAUAAACCAUACAGAAUCAAACAAUAAAUAUGUUUUAUAAUCUACAUCAGUGUCACUGUCGUCAAGCAUACGGACUUUAUUUUUACUUUUCGAUUUCUUGUAUUGGUUGAACGUCAGACUUUUUACCCAAUUUUGUAUUCUUCCGACCAUAACGCGAAAAAUUUUUCGAAAAAGAAAGAAAAUCCGUACGCUCAACAAUUACGACUCUGAUGCAAAUUCUAAAAUACUCGGACGAAAUUUCUCCAUAAAAUAAAAUUUUUUAAUAAAAUUUAGUUCAACGGUAAAUGGUGGAAUUAAAUAAGCGAAUCGGCUCUGCGUCCGUUGAGUUUAAAAUCGAAUUCACCUGAUUCUCUCCGUUUGUUUAUAUCAUACGUAAUUUUACUACCGGAAAGUCGCCUACUCGAUCACGUUUCUCUGUGCGAAUCGUACUUUGUAACGCAAACGUCGCAAUGGAACAGUUCUUCGCGAACCAGAAACGCUUACGUGCACGACCAUUCGGUUAAAUUCGGUCGUUCGUAAUAAUAUACGAUAUUAAGAGUUAAAGAAGUGUACUUUGCGCAUGUUUUAGAUGUUAAAUCAAAAGUGAAAAGUGUUAACAUGCUCACGUAGAAUAGCAAGAGCGCAAAUGUCGUCUGUAUUAUAUCCAGGUAUCCGAUUUCUAGCCGGGGCAGAACGAUCAUGUUUUCCAAUGAAAAUUUUACACCGCUGUUUUAACGAUGAAUAAUAAUAAUUCGAAUCGAUUGUCUUCGCCGAGAUGGCCCGUCAGGGAGACUUUAAUGCGCAUACCUUAACGACGUGUAUAAUUUUUACAACGCGUGCUCAAAUAUUCGGUCGUCCCUUUUUUGCUCCGAAUUAUGGCGAUCGUUGUAUUUUUAUUUUUAUUUAUUUUUUCAACUCUCUCCGAGUCUUGCUGCAAUUUCGAUCAACGCGCGACAGAGACGUUCUCUCUUUACAUUUUUAGACGAAUCAUCGGUAAAAUACAUAUCUCUAAUGGCAUUUCUAUUCAUUGUUAUAGUAGACGUAAAGAAACGAAUAACUGUACAGUUGCAAGUUAACGAAAAACAAAGAAAAAAAUGGUUAUUCCCCGUGGAUAUAUCUACUUGGGGAUCAUUGUUAUGCUGGUGGUCUAAAGUUCACGCCUCGAGUAUUUUUUAAUAUAUUUAUAAUUGUUUUCGAUGUGUAUACGAGUGGGGAGAGUAGGACUAUUCUGAAGAUUGGUAACAUUUUUUGAACGGCUCUAUUUUCCAAUAUCUUAUUCUUUCAAACAUUCGAAUCGUUUCGUUCGACCUUUCAAAAUGCCACACUGUACGAAGAUAUAUUAAUUUACAAACUUUAUUUCGCCCACGCGUUAUAAUAUUCAUGAUGUAUUGUUUUUUAUAAAGAAUGUUCAGAAUGGUCCUCGCAUACGUGAGAUAUACAUUGAUUGUUUCAUAUUGUUACCGCGUUAUAUUUAUUACACAUGAGAUACUCGUACUCGGCUUCGGGCGUACGUUCUCACCCCUCUAAGCGUUAUAAUUUUUUCGUACCUGUUAUUCAAAGUUGGAUCUCGAUAUCUCGUAAUCGCUUGGAAGUUUCUGGAGUAAAUCAAUGUCUUCUGUGAAUUAACAUAGUUGAAAGUAGAAAGUUCCUAGAAAAGUGUACAGAACGUGAUUUAUUAUUUAUUAUUGUAAUUAUAUGUAUAUUUAGCACACUUAGCAGUGACAUAGUACAAAGAGAGCCGCGACGUAGAUAUACGUAUGGCAUUGAACGAGUCAACCAGAUUAUAAGAAUAACGAUGAAGAAGCUUGAACGAUUGCACGGUUCGUUUCGUCUGAACGGCAGGAAAAAAGAAAAGACAUUUUUUUCAUACUAAAUUUAUGUUUCGAACUUUCCGAUAUAUUACCUGUUACGGUUGAUUUAACGAAACAAGUCUGAGAACCGGCGCGUAACGACGAUAAUUAUACAAUAAAGGUACAUAAAAAUAAAGCGCACGAUAUCAUUUUUAUCAAAUAUUUAAGGUGCUACAAACAAAUUUCGAACGGCACCGAUUCAUUGUCGUUUCUCAUUUUUGCGUUUUGCGAACAAAAUAUCGUUCGUCGGACAACGAUUCUCGUCUACGCCUUCAAAAUUAAAAUAUCCAACGUAUUUGAAAACGAACAAACGCGACGAUUGUUCGAUACACACAAUCAAUUUUUCAACUACGCGAUGCAAUUGUACAAAAAAAGAUUCUUUAUCACGAUAUCGAAAGGUUUCAAGCGCUCUAGCUUAAUCAGAUUUAGUCAACCGAUUCCGCGUAUAUUUCAUUUUAUUUUCGAACUUCUGAGGCCUAGAAUCGUAACUAUAAGACAAGUAGUACGCAUAAGUGAAUAAAGUUGUAAUUUGCCAGUUU